AUGAGUGAGAGUAAUGAAGAAAGAAUCAAGCUCAAGCUUGAUACUGACCAAGAUGAGAAUGAUAUGUGGCCUAUACAGAAAGAUUCUGAUGUCUGAAAUUUGAAUAAAUACAUUGAAUCAACAUUUCAUGUACAAAGAAGUCCGGAUUCGUCAACUUCAGAUCACAUAUUUAAAGAUCAGACAAAUUUCUAUAAUAACAAAAAGGAGGAAUAUUUCUCAGGAUCUAAGAAUUUUGAGGAUAAGAUAACCUUGUCUGAGAAUAAAAUUCCUUCUGAGCAGUCAAAAUAAGCUCAGGGUGAAAUCUGCCCAGCUGAUAGAAGAAAUAUCCACUCAUUCUGAGCAAAACAGACACUGUGACUCAACUCUUAAUGAUCGUAUGGAGUCUAGGGAGAGCUCGAUGGAUGAAAACGAGUAUAGAUGCCAAAAAUGUGAGUGCCUUUUUGAUGAAAAAUCCCAUCUGCCUCUUGGUCUCCCUUCAGGACACUAUUUCUGCAAGGAAUGUAUCAUCAGGCUGCAAAUACAGAAAGCAAGAGGGAUGGAGAUGAAUUUCAAAAUACCAAAAGAUAUCUCCAGAUUACCAGUCUUAUCCAUGCUGAUCAACAAAUCUACUGUGAGAAACACAACAGCUAGUAACUCCAAACUAUUCACUAAAAAUGUGAAAGAGUCCUUAAGCUCAGUAAGGGAAAAUACUAAGGAACUAAAAUUAUGAAGUAAGCACAAAUCUGAGAAACUUCUAUAUUAUUGUGAAAAUACCUCUGAAAUAAUGUGUGUAUACUGAGCAUUUGAGACUAAGCAAUCUACGCCUGAUUUCCAGAUCACAGAGGUUCAUAAAUAAAUUGGAUAAGUUACUCCUCCCUCUCUCUGCAGGCUUAGAUAAGAAAAUGAGUGUUUUGAAAAAUCAGCUGAAUUCAUUGAAAUCAUUAAUAUCCACACAGAAAGCAUGUACUGUGUCCAUGAUUACGAAGGAAUAUACAAACCUAAUUGAAAGGAUCCAGACAGAACGCCAGAACGAGAUUGAAAAGGCAACCAAGCAGUUUGAACAGACCAUGAAAGAGCUAGAAGGGCAUGAAAACAAUGCGAUAGCUAAGAUAAAGAAAUUCUCCCAAUUUGUACAUGAAACCUCGGGUUUGAUUAAUAAGAUUCCACAUAAAGGACUCAGCAAAAUGGACUACGAGAAUAUUCAAGAAGUGUACCAGGUUGUAAAACAAGACUUCGAUGAGUUGAAAUUUGAACCUCAAAGCUUGAAUGUCUUCAGAUUUCAGAAAAGUUUGCAUAGGUAUGACUGAGGCAAACUCAAGCUAGUUCCAGUUAAAGAAAUUCAACAAAACUGUUUUGAAGAUCGCAUUCAUAAGAAAAAUCUUCAAACAGAGAAGCAACGAGUAGAUGAAUUCAAAGAUAUCAAGGAGGAAGAAGAUAAUCUUGAAGGAUAUUUCUCAUCCAGUAGAGCUCCUACAUUUGGCAAAAUAAAAAGCCAUGGUCAAACCAAAGUGAAGAGUAAUUUUAUACCUUCUCCUAGUAAAGACAUGAUAUUCGAUAAUGCUGAUAAAGAAUCGGACAAUCUCUUGGAUGAUAGUUCUCUCUGAAUCCCUAUCACUCCAAUUGACAAUUACAUGGAGUCUCCACAAACAAAUAGUAAAAAUUUUAAAGACGAGGAGAAUCUCCUAAGGAAUAUCCCAAAUAAUCUCCAAGCCUUUAAACAUCAGGAACUAGGAAAACUAAACCAGAAGUCUUCUUCUCCUAUGAAAAGGUUCGGGUCUCGGAACAAUGACUACAAGCAGCUAACCCAAGAUUGGAUUGACCAAGAUCUGAACGGCUAUAUCAAACCAAAGGAUAACUCCCAAAGACUUGACACCAAAAUUCAGCAACACUUGAAAAAUGAAGACACCAAAAACCCUUACAAAACACUUGAAGCGCACGAAAAUCAGAAACCUCAAGAAAUGAACCAAUAUUUCAGGAACAAGUCUGAGGACAGAAUGGAACAAAAGCGGAAUAAAUCCAAGAGAAAGAGGAAUGAACGUAGUCUCAAAGGGGAGAGACAGCCCACAGGAGAAAGCAAGUUCUUUGAUAAUACACAAGAUUUCCAGAGAUAUCUCCCCUCUCAGGAGAUUGAUGUUGAAAACCACAGGAAGGAAAUCGAGCAACGGUAUAAUUUCGAGAGAGCCCUCAGUUGAGAUAUGAAAACCAGCGACGUCUGUGAGGAUAAUUCCAAGGAUUACAAACGAAAAUUUUACAAAAAUGUUAGGAAUAAUGAGUUCAAAAAUUAUCAUAAAUAAGGAUGGAAAUACUAGCAGCAGUGGCAUGGAUAGCUUCUUUUUAGAGAACCUACCUGGAAGGAAGCAGCCAAAGAAAUAUGCCCCUGAUAAGUGUAGGAUUGGACCUAAAAUAGGAUCAAAACUCAGCAGAGACCAAUUUAUUACUCAGAGCAGGACUGCAAAAGGACUGUUCUCUAAUAACGAAGCUAUAAACUCUCGAAAGAACUACUUUCAAAAACUAGGAGAAAACUUGAAAAAGCAAAGUGUUGAUUACUCAAGAAGUAGCAUUAAUGAAAAUGAGGGAAUAGUGGAAACUAAAAAGUAUCAAAGCAGCAAGAUGGGAAAAAGGUCUUUAUUCUCUAGCGUGAUGCCAGGAUUUCAUAAAUAAAAUAUUCAAAUUUGA